AUGGCGGACUCGAUGGCCUAUGAGGAGGGGGGGGGGGGGGGGGGAGGGGAGGCCGGCUCCCCCCCAAGACCGACUGAGGGAGCGACCUGCGUGGGGCCUAGGGAGUCAUGAUCUCCAUCACCUAACUCCAUGCUUCGAGUCCUGCUAUCUGCCCACGCCUCUGCUAUUCGGCUGUCUGGCCUGCUGCUGCUCCCACCAGUACAAACCUGUUGCCUGGGGCCCAGCAAAUGCGGGGACCAGCCUCCUGGAGGAGGCCCCCAUGCAGGCCCUGUGCAGGGGCUGCAGCGGCUUCUGGAACAAGCAAGGAGCCCUGGGGAGCUGCUGCGAUGGCUGGGCCAGAACCCUACCAAGGUGCAUGCCCACGAUUACCCUGUGGCACUUUGGCUUCUGGGCCAGCUCUUGGGGUCUCGGCCACAGCCCCCUCCUGUGGAGCAGGCCACACUGCAGGACUUGAGUCAGCUCAUCAUCCGAAACUGCCCCUCCUUUGACAUUCACACCAUCCACGUGUGUCUGCACCUUGCAGUCUUACUUGGCUUCCCCUCAGAUGGGCCCCUGAUGUGUGCCUUGGAGCGUGAGCAAAGGUUCCGCCUCCCUCCGAAGCCACCUCCCCCUCUGCAGCCUGUCCUUCGUGGUGGGCAAAGGUUGGAAGCUGCUCUGAGCUGCCCUCGUUUCCUGCGGCGUCCACAGCAGCACCUCAUCCGCAGCCUAGCAGGGGCCAGGCCACAGGAACUGACCCCACACGUGAUGGUGCUCCUGGCCCAGCACCUGGCCCGGCACCGUUUGUAGGAGCCCCAGCUUCUGGAAGCCAUUGCCCACUUCCUAGCGGUCCAGGAAGCCCAGCUCAACAGCAAGGUGGUACAGAAGUUGGUCCUGCCCUUUGGGCGGCUGAACUACUUGCCCCUGGAGCAGCAGUUUAUGCCCUGCCUUGAGAGUAUCCUGGCUCGGGAAGCAGGGAUGGCCCCGCUGGCCACUGUCAACAUCUUGAUGUCACUUUCCCUGCUGCGGUGUCUACCCUUCCGAGCCCCGCACUUUGUCUUUUCCCCAGGUUUCAUCAACCACAUCAGUGGCACCCCUCAUGCCCUCAUUGUGCGGCGUUACCUCUCCCUGCUGGACACGGCCGUGGAGCUGGAGCUCCCAGGAUACCGGGGUCCCUGCGUUCCCCGAAGGCAGCAAGUGCCCAUCUUCCCCCAGCCACUCAUCACCGACCGUGCCCGCUGCAAGCACAGUCACAAAGAUAUAGUAGCAGAGGGGCUGUGCCAGCUUCUCGGGGAAGAGAAAUACCGCCAGGACCUGACGGUGCCUCCAGGUUACUGCACAGACUUCCUGCUGUGUGUCAGCAGCUCUGGUUGUGUGCUUCCUGUGAGGACCCAGGACCCCUUCCUCCUACAUCCUCCCAGGUCCUGUUCCCAGGGCCAGACUGCCUCUCAGCCCACUACCCGAGACCCUGCCCAGCUACCCUUCGAGGAACUGGAGUCACAGAGAGGCCUGCCCCAGCUCAAGAGCCACCUACGGCAGAAGCUCCAAGCCUUGGGCCUCCACUGGGGUCCUAAAGGGGGGUGA